UGUGUCUCAACAUCUGAGUGUCCCAUGUGAAUUUUGCGCCCUCAUCCAUCUCCAUCUUCUCUCACAAUUUUCAGCUCAAGCAACCACCACAGCUACUACUAUCUUAACCACACAAUCCAUCAAGAUGUACAUCCCUCAGACUGAACUCCUCAUCAAUGCUGAUAUCAGCAUUGUCAGCCGCAAGCGCUCUCGCGCUCAACUCGAAGCCACUGUCGCUGUUCCUGAACUCAAGAAGCGACGUGUGGUUGUUACCCAAGAACAAACGCCAAAGAAAUCCGUCCGAUUUGCUCCUGAACAAAACCAAGUAGUGAUUGUCUCCACUGCCUCCUCUUCCGAAACUUGGUACAGUGCUCAGGAUUACGCCGGCUUCAAGUUUAACAUGAAGCGCGAUGUUCUCUACUUGGCCCAACUCUGCAAGACUGGCAACUGCCAAUACAUGGACCGCAGCGAAUACAGCGCCUUGGGCUUGGAAAAGUACUGCUGCUCCAGCGGCGACCAAAAGAAGUCCAAAAUGAUGAAGAUGCAACGCAUCCGAUGUGUAUUGGACCAGCAAAUGUUGCAACGCCUUCAGGGACGCAGCGAGCCAGAAACCAUCCAGUUCAUGGCUCACGUCUUGUCCCAAGAAGCUGUCAUCAAGGCACUCCAGCGAGCUGGCCGUGUGGCCGCUGCCUUUGGCCACAAUUAAAAAGUUCUUCCUCCAAUCUCCUCUUCCACAAUCAAAUUUUCCAAAAAGAGCCGCUGACAUUUACAGCGCCACAACUGUACAAUACUACUAUCAUGUAAAUCAAAUUGCUACUAAUAAUACCAACUUCAAACCUCCAAACUCAUUAUCUAAUCACAUCUAGCUAGCUAUUAGA